AUGUAUAUGUACGGGGAGAUAGCUUACCCUCCCGGCGGAGCCACUGGCCUCACGGUGCUCUCCCUCACGAAAAACUCGGUCACCAGCAGCAUCCCUCCCACACUAGGCAGGUUGAGAAAUCUCUCAUUUCUCGAUCUCUCCUGGAACAUGCUCUCUGGCGAUCUGCCUGCAGAGUUUACAGGCAUCGAAAACGUCACUUACCUCGAUCUCUCCUCUAAUUUUAUCACCGGAGUAGUACUGCCGGAGAUCAGAGACUUGUCGAACUUGGAAACCUUGAUUCUGGCUAAUAAUAGCUUCACUGGCUCCAUCCCUUCGGAGCUAGGGAAUGUCUCUUCCUUCUUUACACUUGAUCUCAACUUCAAUUCGCUAUUCGGCGUGUUACCUAAUAGCUUGAGUAAUCUUAGGAAAUUGCGACAUCUGAAAUUGAUGAGUAACUUCCUCAGUGGAUUUCUAAGUUCGAAUAUCUUCUAUGGUUUGUCAGUGCAUUAG